UCAACUUGUCACAUGACACAGCACAUAUCUCAGUUCUUCUUGGCUACUAGGCUAGUUUCUCUCCCUCCUCCCCACCGUCUCUCUCUCUCUCCCUAUUCCUGUUCUCUCUCUCAUCUCACAGCUUGAGAGAGAUAGGAGAGAUAGGGGAGAGAUCAUGUCGAUAAGCUUCUUGAGCAUGGUGGAGGCGGAGCUGCCACCUGGGUUCCGGUUCCACCCAAGGGACGACGAGCUCAUCUGCGACUACCUCGGGCCCAAGCUCGGCGGCAAGGUCGGCUUCUCCGGCCGCCGGCCGCCCAUGGUCGACGUCGAUCUCAACAAGGUUGAGCCAUGGGAUCUCCCUGUGGCGGCAGCAGUUGGGCCUAGGGAAUGGUACUUCUUCAGCCUCAAGGACCGGAAGUAUGCGACGGGGCAGCGGACAAACCGGGCUACGGUUUCAGGUUACUGGAAGGCUACUGGGAAGGAUCGGGCAGUGGCGCGGCGAGGGGCAUUGGUGGGGAUGAGGAAGACCUUGGUUUUCUACCAAGGGAGGGCCCCUAAGGGGAGGAAGACGGAGUGGGUGAUGCAUGAGUACAGGAUGGAGGGUACACUUGAGCAAUCCUCCAAGGAUGAAGAUUGGGUCCUGUGCAGAGUCAUCUGCAAGAAGAAAUUACCAGGAGGCGCCAGCUCCAAGGCGUCAAGAAGCCUCGCCACCAAUGGCGGCCAUGACACCGCACCAACCAGCUCGCCGCCGCUGCCACCCCUCAUGGACACCACCCUAGCACAGCUCCAGGCCGCCAUGAACACCACCGCCGGCGCAAUCGAGCAGGUGCCCUGCUUCUCCAGCUUCAACAACAUUGCCAGCAACAGCAACAGUGCUGCAGCAGCUCAGCCAUGCUACCUGCCCAUGGUCACUGGCAGCCAUGGCAUGAGCUUUCUGGACCAUGGCCUGCCUGAGCUUGGCGGCUGCUUUGAUCCUCUGAACUGCGACAAGAAGUUGCUCAAGGCAGUGCUGAGCCAGUUUGGAGGUGAGGUGGUGCCAAGCCUGCCGCAUGAGAUGGCUGCUGGUACUGCUGCAACCUCCACUUGGAUGAAUCACUUCUAGGGAAAUUGAUUCAGCAAGCACAAGCGAUUGAUGAUUCCAUAUGAACUAUAUUUACUUAUUGUGUGGUACAAGUACAAUAUUUAUGUGUGAGUAGUAGAACAUGCAACAUUUUUUUUCUGUCGAUUUCGAUAAGGCAGGCAAAAAUUAGGAGUGAUACUCUGUAAUGGCUGUUGAAGUGUGUAUAUUCAGAUGUAGAGGACCAGAGGAUUGAGUGAUCAAGAGAAUUUCAGAUUUAUUGUUUUGC